AUGGGAAGACAUCCAUACAAGAAAAGAAACCAGACAGUUGCUAUAACACGACCUUCGAUUGUCGAAGUCCAAAGGUUCCCGCCUACCAAAUAUGAGACACCUGUGAUGACAUUGAAAAAUUUCCCAUCAUCGAUCGUCAAUGGUGUCACUCGUGAAGGUGGAUUGUAUUCGCUUACACUCAAGUCGAUCAACUGUGCCAAGUAUGUUGAAAAUAAUGACAACAUGAGACGUGUAUUUAAGAAAAGGAGUUUGGAGGUACCGAAAAUAUCAAAUUUGAAUCGUAAUGAUCUUUUAGAGAGAUUGAGUAAGGAUGUAGAAAAGGAGAGAGAAUCGAAAGUUGAUUUGCACAAGGCUGAAAAUGAUAAAAUAACGGCCUUGAACAAAGAAUGGGAUUCAUUGUUAAAGACUAAUACAGAUCUAAGUGAGCACAACCACAGAUUAUUAAAGAAUAUAGAGUCAGGAGGCAAAAAGUUUAGAUUUAUCGAAAACAAGUAUUCGUUUGCCAAUAUAGCCAAUCCAAAUUUGCGUGUUGAAAAAGUCGAGGGUGUGAAAAAUACUGCCGAAUAUGAGCAGAGUGCUACAAACGUUGAAACUGAGGCCGUAGUCGUGCUGCAAGACAACGACAUAUUACAAGAUGCUGAAGAAGCCAAUGAGGGUGCAGCUAUUUUGGAUCAACUUCAAGCAUAUCAAGAUGAUGAAGUUGCUGAAGCAGUACCCAAUGAUCUCUACACUCAAUAG